CGCUCAACAAACAUGAUAGAAGUCUCCUGAUUGGGCAGCGGACUGAAGGGCCAAAUUAUGGAUGCUCCAGGAAAAUGGAAAAUGUUUCGGAGCAGUAUAGGACAACGCAUCGCCACGACUUCCAUUCCUGCAAGGAGCCUGACAAGAAGGAGACCGGUGUCGACCUCUUGCUGAGUUUGUUUAGUCGUUCAAUAAGAGCUAGAAUUUCUAUUGUCAGAUGUAAACCAGAUUACAUGUGCCAAGCUGCUGACAGACUUCCAUCUGCCAACUCGACGUUUGAAAAAAUCAAUAUUGUUAUAACAUGCAUGACAGGCCAAUGCAUUUUAUAGGCCAAGUAGCUUCGAUGGUGAAGUUGCAUAUCAUGGAUGUAGGCCUACUCUCACGAGGGCAGACACAACAGAUAAUCGACCUUUGUUGACAAAUUCUAAGGAUCUUUGACACUUGUUGACAAUUCUUUAUGAUUUGGGAUUUAUGAAUGAGAAUUGCCUCAUCCUUGAAUGAAAUAUUCUCAGUUGCUGGUUGAUCAUGAACAGAACAAGGAAGGAGUAUUUGCCUUGCGUGUCAGUCUAGUUUUGGAAAUCGGAUGACAUCUUGCAUUGAUCAUGCUUCAGACUGUAAGAAGCAGUUAAUCUUGACUCUUGGAUGUAGCAUUGAAGAGGAUAUGAUCGCACAUGGACUACGCCAUUCGUGAUUGAAUGACCUCAAAAUAUUUUUUGGCAAAGACGAAGCGGUAUAGGAACAAAGAAUCAAGUAAAGGGAAUCCGCAGUCAAAGGGCACGUUCGGUGAGGUGAAUUCGUGUCAAUCACGGAGCAAACUGAAAGCUUUGUAAACUUGACAACUGAUUGACGCUCUGCCCAUUUCUUGAUCAUGAGUCGGCCAAACGUACCCGCGGCGCCAGCUCCACCACCGCUGACGAAACUGCGAGCGCUGGCCGCCGCCAGGGAUUCAGCAGCCACUCAAUCAUCAGCUCCUCCAUUACCAAACGGCACCAGCAGACCGCAGCUCCAGCACCAACUACCCCAGUCUAUGCAUCAUACACAAAACACACAAUUUGGUCCCCCGACAUUGCCAACCGAGAAAUAUCGUUCCCAGUCAGUUAAGACAAAAGGUCCCCCGUCAUUGCCACCAGGGAAACCCCGUGCACAUUCCAUGGAAGGUAAAUACCAGGCUCCGCCUCCACCUCCUCCACAGAGAACGAAACCUGGAAUCAAGCGGCAGGAUCAGGAUCGAAGGGAUUCUGGAGCUCCUCCACCCCUUCCAGCGCGAAAUGAUCAACGCCCUGCGACCUUGGAACUGGGUAAAGGUCGUGCUAUUUCCAUUGAUCAGGGUCAAGGUCGCCGCGGUCCGCCGCCAUUGCCGCCACGUGACCGCGCCGUGUCUAUGGACGAGAAACCAAGCUGUCAGCCGCUACAGAUACGUGAUAGGAAGUUGUCUGAACCAGCGAGGGGAGAACCACAUGGUGCACCACCGCCUCUGCCAAACAGACCACUAAGAACAAUUCCAUCGGAACCUAGCCCUGCGUCCACAGGAAGUACCACAUGUGUGGUUAACUGCAUGACAGAACAAUCACUGAAAUCACAAGCCAUCUUCGAGGAACAGUUCAUCUUUCCCCCAGUUAUACAGUUCCCAGCACCGGAAGCUUUCGCGAAGUUUGCGAGGGUCUAACCACGCCAGGUGGAGAGGGAGAGUAGUGGUAUACCACCGUAAAUCAAUCCGGGGUGGUUUGGACUCGGGUGCAACGUGUACAUAUGACCAUUCUACCCAUGACAGAACAGUGAUCGUAAAUUGAUAUAAGUUACCAAAAUGUUCUUCAGCGAAGAGUACAGUGCCGUACCAGUAUGUCAACUGUAUCUUACAUGAUAUCUAUAAGGGUCUCAGCCGGCUGAUCGCAUAACAGUCGGAAAACUUAGGGAACGAUUACCUCAUUUUUUGCAGCCAAGACACUGCCUGCGACAGCAGCAAAUGGUAGAACGUGGAAUAGUUAUGAACAACCAUGACGACCGAAAAGAGAUAGUGAUAGUAGUUUGCGAUAGUGCCAUUAUAAUUGCCAUUUAGUUGCUUUGAUUUUCGUGAGGGAUGAUAUUUAACGUGUUCUAAGUUGUAAAGUAUUUUGGUUGAAAUAAACUUGUUCGAUGC